CGCCAUCAAUCAUUCAAGUCAAGAUGGCUGCACAAGCAGACGUUGAAUCGCUUUUACAACAACAAAUUUUGAAUGCUGCCAGCAUUGUAGAAGAACAAAUAGACUCGGAAUUAAAUCGCCUUGAAAACUUGAAUGAAGAUGAUAUUGAAAAAGUUAGAGAAAAGCGCUUGCAACAGCUCAAGAAACAGCAUGAACUGAAGCAAGAACUAAGAAGAAAAGGACACGGUGAAUACACCGCCAUUGCUGACGAAAAAGAUUUUUUUUCUGUUUGCAAAGAAAGUGCAAAAGUUAUUUGCCACUUCUAUCGUGAAAGUACAUGGAGAUGUAAGAUCUUGGAUAAACAUCUAUCAACCCUAGCUCCAAAGCAUAUCGAAGCAAGGUUUAUCAAAAUAGAUGCGGAGAAAAGUCCGUUUCUUGUGAAACGCUUACGCGUUGUGGUUUUGCCGACGAUUGUACUCAUUAAGGAUUCAAAAACUUUUGAUUUCAUUGUUGGUUUUGAUGAUCUUGGUGGGAACGACGACUUUUCUACAGAAAUGUUAGAAUGGAGGAUCGCAUGUGCAGGGAUCAUCGACUACAAUGGAGAUCUAGGCCAGCCUCCUCACACAAAAACUAAAAUGUCCUCACAAAAAUUAUUCCAACAACAGAAGAAAGUUAUCCGAGGUAGAGAUGACUCUGAUGAAGACUCGGACUAGGUGAAUGUAUGAUUUGUCACUAACUGAUGUAGAUUUAUUAGCUCAAACAUGAACUGAUGAAAUAUUUGUUUAUUUAUAAUAAAUUAUAAAAUUUAUAUUAAGUGCUUCGUAAAAUCACUUAUUUAGUACUGUAUUAGUUGUCUCAUGUUAAAUGCCAGGUGUAUAUUCAUCAAUGAAAAGCAUUGUAAUUGUUGCUUUCAUAUCUUAUUCAAACUUAUGGUAAUGUAUGGUAAUUAGUCUAAAAUGUUAUUAUACAGUGAUUUUUAUCUGAUUAAAAGUAAGUGUGUAA